AUGAGUCCGCUCGUACGCGCCGUCCCCCUACCCUCCGCGCCUGUACCGCAGCGCGCGGUCGAUGCCAUCGCCGCCGACGCGCACCUCCCCGUCUGCGCGACGUGUGGGACCCAGUUCAGCUCGACGCCCGACGGCAUAUGCCCAUGCUGCGAAGACGAGCGCCAGUGGUAUCCCGUUACCGGGCAGGAGUGGACGUCGCUCGCCGAGCUCGCGCAAAGCCGCAAGCACAGUCUUAAGGUCGAUACAGAGGACGAGCGCAUCGCGUUCAUCGAGUGCGAGCCGCCGUUUGCUAUCAACCAGACCCCUAUCCUCAUCAACACGCAUGGUGGGCACUACAUCUGGGAUUGCCAGGCCCCCUUCACCCCCGCCCUCGCAGGCUACCUCUCAAGCUUGCAGCCUGCCCUUAAGGCCAUCGCCAUCUCGCACCCCCACUUCUACUCCACAUCGCUCGUGUGGGCUCGCGCCCUAAACGUACCGCUGUACAUCUGCGAGACGGACAAGGAGUGGUUCGUCCGCCGCGGCGAUAUUCAGCAUACGGACGAGGUGCGGUUCUGGACCGGCCGCGAAACCCUCGGGCCGGGGGUCACGCUCGUGCAGUGUGGCGGCCACUUCCCCGGCUCGAGCAUCUUGCACUGGGACCGCGGGGCUGAGCCCGGCGGCGGACCCAAAACCGGCCUCAUCCUGGUCGCUGACACCAUGAUGGUGCGGAUGGACCGGCGCGGGUUCACGUUCAUGUGGAGCUACCCGAACAUGAUCCCCCUCCGCCCAGCGGACGCGGUAGGCGUUGUCGCGGCCAUCGAUGACCUGGAGUAUGGGGCCGCGAGCAGCACGUGGCCGAACCGCAUGAUCCGGCGUGACGCCAAGGUGUAUGCGCACCGCAGCAUCGAGCGGUACCUCGACGCGACGGGCUGGGAGCUCGAGGACGGAAAGCUUGGCGGCCGGCUGCGGCCCAAGGCGCGAAAAUGA